AUGCUGAUGCCCCUGAGUGGGCUGCCCUGGUGGUGGUGGUGGUACUGUUGUGCCUGGUACCGCUGUGGAUUGUGCUCCCAAGCUCCCCAGAUGCUGCGCCACCAGGGUCUCCUCAAGUGCCGCUGCCGCAUGCUCUUCAAUGACCUGAAGGUUCUCCUCCUGCGGCGGCCCCCUCCAGCGCCCCUGCCCAUGCACGGCGAACCCCAGCCCCCCGGCGUGGCAGCCAACAACACCCUUCCGGCUCUGGGUGCCGGGGGGUGGGCAGGCUGGAGGGGGCCUCGAGAAGGCGUGGGCAGGGAGACCCCUCCCCUGCCACCUCUGCCGCCUUUGCCACCUUCAGUGGAAGAUGACUGGGGUGGCCCAGCCACAGAGCCACCUGCCUCGCUGCUCAGCAGUGCCUCUUCAGAUGACUUCUGUAAGGGAAAGGCUGAGGAUCGCUACUCACUGGGCAGCAGCCUGGACAGUGGCAUGAGAACCCCGCUCUGCCGCAUCUGCUUCCAGGGGCCGGAACAGGGGGAGCUGCUGAGCCCGUGCCGCUGCGACGGCUCGGUCAAGUGCACGCACCAGCCUUGCCUCAUCAAGUGGAUCAGCGAGCGGGGCUGCUGGAGCUGCGAGCUGUGCUACUACAAGUACCACGUCAUCGCCAUCAGCACAAAGAACCCUCUGCAGUGGCAGGCCAUCUCUCUGACAGUCAUUGAGAAGGUUCAGAUUGCAGCCGCCAUCCUGGGUUCCCUCUUCCUCAUCGCCAGUAUCUCUUGGCUCAUCUGGUCGACCUUCAGCCCCUCAGCAAAAUGGCAGCGCCAAGACCUCCUCUUCCAGAUCUGCUACGGGAUGUAUGGAUUCAUGGAUGUGGUGUGCAUAGGCCUCAUCAUCCAUGAGGGACCCUCCGUGUACCGCAUCUUUAAACGGUGGCAGGCUGUCAACCAGCAGUGGAAAGUGCUGAACUAUGACAAGACGAAAGACCUGGAGGAUCAAAAGGCAGGAGGCAGGACCAACCCCCGGACCUCCUCGUCCACCCAGGCCAACGCGCCCCCCUCCGAAGAGGAGGCUGCGGGCACCCCUGCCCCUGAGGAAGGCCCUGCCCGGGCGGCCGGCCACCCCUCAGGCCCUCUGUCCGAUCACCACUGUGCUUACACCAUCCUGCACAUCUUGAGUCACUUAAGACCUCAUGAACAGCGGAGCCCCCAGGGCGGCAGCCGAGAGCUGGUCAUGAGGGUCACAACGGUGUGA